AGGCCCGUUCUUUUGGCUUACCCUCACUUGAUACAGGCACAUAUCACAUGAUGCACACAGGCGGCGAUCCCUAUGUAAGACACGGGGAGGGGGACUCGCUGCCUUUCACAGAAGCUGAAAGAAAAUAAUAAAAAUACGGCUUUCCUGGCUGCACUGAAAAUCUCCUGUUCUUGACUUCUCCUGCUCUUACCCAGCCUGUGCAAUACGAGGCGGAUGAGCUCUCGGUGCUCGUCAGGGAGAGACUUUGUUCAGGGCCUCGCCUUUAGGAACGCCUGAACCGGCUGUGAAGGGAAACGGUGGGACUGUCUCCCCGCGGUCCGGAGCGUCUCCCUGCCCAGUCCAGCCUGGCUUGCUUGUUACAACAAAUGACGUAAGGCCUAAAUUUUGCCGUUGUAAUUUGCAUUUAAUGCACGACCACGCUGUGCUAUGCGGGGCUUGGAAGCGGCGUGCCCUCAGCCCCCCCAGGUGCACACCAACAGCCCCCUCAGGAGAAACGACCCCGUCUUGAAAACGUGAAAAAAAAACAACAACCAAACAAACAAAAACCGCGAACCGAGCAGAAAUAGCCGCUGUUUCUUCACCACCCUCUGCCUGAGCCCGGGCUGGGCGGGCGGAGCCGCGCUGCAGCGGGGGCCGGGCCGUGCCGGCGGGGAGGCCGGGCCCCGCCGCCGCCAUGCCGAAGGUGGUGUCCCGCUCCGUCGUCUGCUCCGACACCCGCGACCGCGAGGAGUACGACGAUGGGGAGAAGCCGCUUCACGUCUACUACUGCCUGUGCGGGCAGAUGGUGCUGGUGCUGGACUGCCAGCUGGAGAAGCUGCCGAUGCGGCCGCGGGACCGCGCCCGGGUGAUGGACGCCGCCAAGCACGCCCACAAGUUCUGCAACGCGGAGGAGGAGGAGAGCGUCUUCCUGCGCAGACCAGAAGGCAUAGAGCGGCAGUUCAGAAAGAAAUGCGGCAAGUGUGGACUGCUGCUUUUUUAUCAACACCAACAGAAAAAUGCUCCUGUGACCUUCAUUGUUGAUGGUGCUGUGGUCAAAUUUGGACAGUGUUUUGGGAAAACAAACAUAUAUACUCAGAAACAAGAACCUCCCAAAAAGGUGAUGAUGACCAAACGGACCAAAGACAUGGGCAAGUUCAGUUCUGUCACAGUCUCCACAAUUGAUGAAGAAGAGGAGGAGAUCGAAGCGAGGGAGAUUGCAGACUCCUAUGCACAGAAUGCAAAAGUGAUUGAGAAACAGCUGGAACGCAAAGGCAUGAGCAAAAGAAGGCUACAGGAGUUGGCUGAGUUGGAAGCCAAGAAAGCCAAGAUGAAAGGAACCCUGAUUGAUAACCAGUUCAAAUGAAAUGCUGCGCAUCUGCUGGGUAUUCGGCAACAGGAGAAAGCUACCAGGAACUGUCGCAGAUAUGUCAGCAAAGCUGAAGUAACAGGCAAUGUUCAAGGGCAACAUGCUGCAACCAGCUUGGAGGACGAGUAACUCUGUCAUCAGUGAUACUCUGGUACCUAUUUUAAUAACUGCAAUGGCACUGGAGACUUUGCUCAAACUGCUGUUCUCUACAGACCCAGUGCUAUGAGCAGGCUGUUCCAGACAGAAUAUUUACUUUUGGGAAAACCUUCAGUGGGUGCCUUCCUGAAUUCAGUGCAUCUUUAGAUACCUGUCUUUUUAUUUUGGUAGUUUUCAAAUGUGUAAGAUUUCCAUAAAUGUAUUAGAACAAUAGGUCAACUGUACAACAGAGAAAUGAUUACAAAAGUAAGCUCUG